GCAGUAGCAGCAGCAGCAGCAGCGGCAGCAGCAGCAGCAGUAGCAGCAGCAGCAGUAGCAGCAGCAGUAGCAGCAGCAGCGGCAGUAGCAGCAGCAGCAGCAGUGGCGGCAGUAGCAGCAGCAGCAGCAGCAGCGGCGGCAGUAGCAGCAGCAGCAGCGGCAGUAGCAGCAGCAGCAGCGGCAGCAGCAGCAGCAGUAGCAGCAGUAGCAGUAGCAGCAGCAGCAGCAGUAGUAGCAGUAGCAGCAGCAGCAGCAGUAGUAGCAGUAGCAGCAGCAGCAGCAGCGGCAGCAGCAGUAGCAGCAGCAGCAGCAGCAGCGGCCGCGGCGGCGGCGGCGGCGGCGGCGGCGGCGGCGGCGGCGGCGGCGGCGGCGGCGGCGGCGGCGGCGGCGGCGGCGGCGGCGGCGGCGGCGGCGGCGGCGGCGGCGGCGGCGGCGGCGGCGGCGGCGGCGGCGGCGGCGGCGGCGGCGGCGGCGGCGGCGGCGGCGGCGGCGGCGGCGGCGUACGAGACGCUCUUCUGCGACUGA